AUGGCCGACCACGCAACAAGGAAGACCACGACGGACAGACUCGAAGACGCCAUUACCCGAUUGACCCAUAGCCAGGCGUCCCUCUCCGAUAAGUACUCAGAAUUAUCAGGCAAAGUCGAUUCCAUCUUGGAUCAUCUUCGCCUACGCGACACAAAUUCUAACAACCCCAACGCCCAUACGUCCUCCGCCCAAAGAAACCAUGUCAAGCUAGAUAUUCCGAGGUUUGACGGCCGCGACCCCCUCGGGUGGAUCUUUAAAAUCACCCAACUAUUCGAUUACCAGAACACCCCUGAAGAAGAAAGGAUCACUGUGGCAUCUUUCUAUCUUGAUGGUGCAGCUUUAAGCUGGUACCAAUGGAUGUUCCGCAACGGGUUCAUCACGUCGUGGACGGGUUUUUUACAAGCUCUCGAAUCCAGGUUUGCUCCAACGUUCUAUGACGACCCCAAAGGCGCCCUUUUCAAGCUAGCCCAACGAGGCACAGUCAAUGACUACCUCACGGAGUUUGAAAGGCUAGCCAACCGAGUCAUCGGAUUACCGCCGCCGUUUAUGCUCAGUUGUUUCAUCUCCGGCUUAUCACCGGAGAUACGUAGAGAGGUUCUAGCCCUGCAACCCAUUUCUCUUCCCCAAGCCACUGCGUUAGCUAAACUACAGGAGGACAAACUAAGAGAUCGUCGUCGGGUCUUUUCUCGACCAACUGAGUCUUCCUUCCCCUCUACCCAACCUACUAACCCCAGCAUCAAAGCCAAAGGCCCAUUUGUUCAACGAACCCCAGAAGAGAUUGCGUUCAAACGCCGAAAAAGGGCCUUUGUUAUAACUGCGAUGAGAGGUGGAACUCGACCCACCGUUGUAAGGGACGCGUUCUUCUAUUCAUUGCCGACUCCCCGUCACCCGAAACUACGGAUUCCGACCCUGAACCACUCCCUUUACCAGAUGACGAACACCAGGAUGCCCAAGACCAGACUUUAUGGAACCAUCAAUCACGCGCGUCUCACCAUCCUCAUUGAUAGUGGAAGCACGCAUAAUUUUCUCCAGCCACGCAUAGCUCACUUCCUUCGUCUUCCGGUAAGGCCUACUUCUCCAUUACGAGUACUGGUGGGAAAUGGUUCAGUCCUUGACUGUAACCAGCUAUGCUCCAAUACACCCCUUUCACUUCAAGGCCACUUCUUCAACGUUUCUUUCCACCUUUUACCGAUAAGCGGGGCCGACGCCGUGUUGGGUAUCGAAUGGCUCAAGCAGUUUGGGCCGGUUAUUACUGACUACACCGCCCUCAUUAUGAAGUUUCAUCAUUUGGGCCAGGCCAUUGAGCUUCACGCAGACGUUUCAAAUAGGCCCGAACUGGUCUCAGUACCUCAAGUAAAACGCUUGGUCCGCACCGGGUCCACAUCCGCCCUAUUCCACUUAAAUCUACUACCCGUAACCCGACCCGAACCGCCACGUCAUCAUCUUCCUCAACAUCAUCUUCCCCACCCCGACCCUGCAAUCGAAAAUCUUCUCCGACGUUACCACCAAAUCUUCGAAACACCCACCACACUUCCUCCUCCCCGAACCGUUACCCACCACAUAAACCUCCUCCCUUCAUCAUCACCCAUCAACGUAAGACCAUACAGAUACCCUCAUUUUCAGAAGACCGAAAUUGAAAAGCAAGUCUCCGAUCUGCUCGCGGCAGGCCUAAUACGAACAAGCACAAGUCCAUACUCCUCCCCAGUUCUUCUAGUGAAGAAGAAGGAUGGAACAUGGCGUAUGUGCGUGGACUACCGUGCCCUUAACGCAGUCACCGUUCGCGAUAGGUUUCCGAUACCCACUAUCGACGAAUUGUUGGAUGAACUAGGGCAAUCAUCUUGGUUCUCUAAGUUGGAUUUACGGCAGGGCUUUCACCAGAUCCUGAUGCAUGAACCGGCUAUUGAGAAAACAGCAUUCUGA